AUGAUCAACAAUAAGAGAAUCCAAUUCUCUAACGCGAGGACUGCAGGGAACAGUGUGAAGGUGUUUACCAACACACCGGCAGACUACCGUCAGCUAGUAGCCCUGCUAGACUCAAUGAAGAGGUCCUUCUUCACUUACCAACUGAAGGAGGAAAGGAUGGACCAGAGGGUAAUUCGAGGACUACCUAGGGAGAUGUCAAUUGAUGACAUCAAAGAGGAUCUAGGAGCCAAGGUAUCCUAG